AUGUCAAGUGGAACGGGGUCCGCGGGGCGGACCCGAGACGGAGUGCCGAUCUGGGAUGGAGAUCCUGGGACUUUUGUGGAGUUUUCAGAAGCAGUGAGACUCUACGAGCAGGGCACGGCGCCGCACAAGCGGGCGCAAGUGGGGCCACGAGUGGCCGCGGAACUGACUGGAGCCGCGAAGAGAUUCAUAACUGGCCAGGCACCAGACUGGCUCUCCCACUACGGCGGAGCAGAGGCUCUGUUGAGCCAUCUGCGCCAGGGGCUAGGGAAGCCACGAGUGUCAGAGGUCACGGACCAUCUGACGCGGCUCUUCAAGUACAGCAAGCGCAAGGCCGGCGAGAGCAUCAAUGAAUACGUCACCCGGCGGAACGAGGUGUAUCUUCGAGCUCAACAGGCGAUGGCGAGGAUGCCGAGGACCGGGACUAGGCCCACGACCUCGAGCCGAGGCGGCAACGGAGGAGCAUCGGCUUGGGAGACACCCACAUGGAGCCGCCGUACAUCCAUGGAGAAUGUGGCCGAGGAGGAAGAGCAACCUGACGAGGCGGCGGAGACCGACACAGCUGCGACUAGAUCUUCAUGGAAUUGGCAGCCUGACACCUGGUGGGGCUACUCUCAGUCUUGGGACUGGGACUGGAGUUCAUCAUGGUCGGGCUACGGCAGCACCGGCUAUGGAUGGGGCUCCGGAUCGUGGGCAAACUCGUCGGCGACCGGCGCGAGUGCCUCUCCCUUGCCGGACCUUCUCCCGGACUUCGUGCAGGGGUGGCUGCUCUUGCAGGACGCAGGACUGGAUGCCAACGAGAGAGGACUAGUCCUCACAACCGUGGGUGAGGACUUCCGUGUGACUACGGUGGCCAAUGCCCUCCGGGCACACUUUCCUGACGGCGACCUUCGAAGGCGAGAUGGAGGAAAGAAGCAUCUCGGCUACUGGGGGAAUGUCGAAGAGGAGUCCGAGACCGAGGGCUACGGGGACACCUUCCAGGCAGCCGAGGUGGCGGAGAACUUGAAUGACGAGGGCUUCGCCAUGUGGAAUGACGCGCAGGAGGAGAUUGCGGAGGCGAUGGCGGUGAUCGGGACCGCAAAGCGAACGCUCAAGGAUGCGCGUGCGAAACAGCACGCGGUGAAAAUGUCUCGCCAAUACUAUCGGGUGAGCGGAAAGGGCAGUGGAAAAUUCGGCGGCCAGCGCCGGGCACCAGAUGACAGCAAUCUGAUCUGCAUGGGGUGUGGCCGCAAAGGCCAUCGAGUGGCCAAUUGCCCCAACACUCCAAACCCUCCUUCAGCACAGAUGGCCGAGACCGAAACUGCCUCUUUCAUUUGUUACUCCGAGGGACCUGCUGCACAGGAGACGGCCUAUGCCACGGGGAUCACUACACGUGAGGCGGUCCAACAGGGGAAGGCCGUGAUGGACUGUGGGGCCACGAGAAGCAUUGGGUCAGUGCAGGCGCUCGAGAAGCUGAUGGAGAUGAACAUUGCCCAACACGGGGAGCCGCGAGUGAUCGAGGUGGAUCGUUCAGACCGCCCGACUUUCGGGUUUGGCAAUUCUUCGACGGACCAGUGUACUUCUACAGUGAAGAUGGGGCUACAAGCGGGGAAUCGCCAAGGAGUCUUCCGGAUCCACGCGCUGAACAAAGGCGAUGGCCCAAUUCUGAUGAGCAUUGAAGCAAUGACCAUGCUGGGCGCCCUAGUGGACUUCAGCGCCAACCUCGCGGUGUUCAGGAAGCUGGACCCGACCAAGCUUCUCCCGAUUGAGCGGUCCGCUACCGGCCAUAUGCUAGUGCCGUUGUCCGGUGACCUUUUUAAGAAGGCUAUCCAAGCUGUACAGUCAAUUCCAGGCCUGGAGAUUUUCGUGCCGAAGCCUGCCGAAGAGUAG